CGUUGUGGUCACCGCAUUUCUGUUUCGAGUCCUUUUCUGGGGGAGAGGCUGUUGAUACCUGCUGCUGGCUCAAAAGAUGGACCCUCAUGACGCUCAAGAAUAUGUCACAAACCUGGCCAGCACCGCGGCCGAACAAUUCCAGAAAAUCCCCGGCUCAGCCAUCUUUCUCCGCUACGUGAAGUCCAGUUACCAGAACGACCCCAUCCGGUCUGCCGUCGAACUCUUCCUAGUGCUGUUCGCAAUCCGGUAUCUGCUGGCUCCAAAGUAUUCGACAAAGCAGAACUAUGUGAAGUUGUCUGACGAGGAAAUUGACGAUUUGGUUGACGAAUGGACGCCAGAGCCUUUGGUUGGGAAGACUACCGCUUUUGAGGAUGCAGAAUUGGAGAGGCGUCCCAUCAUCGUUGGUCCGAGUGGACCCCGAUCCAAACUGAACAACGGCCGGACGGUGACAAACCUGGCAUCGUACAACUUCUACAACUUUGUCUCGAACGAAAACCUCAAAGAGCGGGCUAUCCAGACAUUACGGACUUAUGGAGUUGGUCCCUGCGGUCCGCCUGGUUUCUACGGCACUCAGGAUGUGCACAUGAAGAUCGAGGCGGACAUUGCGGCGUUCCUUGGUACUACGGCAUGUAUCAUCUAUGCUCAAGCCUUCUCCACGAUAUCCAGCGUCAUUCCGGCCUUUUCCAAGCGAGGGGAUAUCAUUGUUGCCGACAAAGCUGUGAACUAUGCCAUCCGAAAGGGAAUCCAGAUUUCCAGGAGUGCAGUCAGAUGGUAUGAACACAACGACAUGGAAGAUUUGCAGAGGGUGCUGGCCAAGGUUACCAAGGAACAGGCUAAAAAGCCAUUGACAAGACGAUUCAUCAUUACUGAAGGAUUGUUCGAAAACGUCGGUGACGUGGUUGAUUUGCCGAAGAUUAUUGAGUUAAAGCUCAAAUACAAGUUCAGAUUGAUCCUCGACGAGACGUGGUCAUUUGGCGUCUUGGGCCGAACUGGCCGGGGCGUGACGGAACACCAACACGUUGACGCCGCAGAAGUGGACAUGAUCGUCGGCUCGAUGGCCGGUCCGUUGUCGGCCGCGGGAGGCUUCUGCGCAGGUUCAGACGAAGUGGUGGAGCACCAGCGAUUAUCCGCCGCCUCGUACACCUUCUCAGCAGCGCUUCCAGCCAUGUCUGCCGUGACGGCCAGCGAGACAUUGAUGAUGCUGCAGACUCAACCGGACUUGUUUAUUCAAUUGAAAGAGAAUAUCAGGGCCAUGUGGCAGCAGCUUGACCCGAGAAGUGAUUGGAUGCACUGUACCAGUGCACCGGAGAACCCAAUCAUGAUACUGGUCUUGAAGCCCGAAGUGGUUUCGUCGCGGAGGUUGACGACCGAAGACCAACAACAGCUGCUGCAGGACAUCGUGGAUGAGUGCCUGUCACAGAACGUGCUCAUCACCCGCGUGAAAACACUUCCCGCAGGGCCUUCAGGUGCAAAGACCGAGAUUUAUUCGCCGUCACCAGCCCUGAAGAUCUGUCUGACCGUCGGCCUGACCAAGAAAGAAGUCGAGAAGGCCGGUAUCACGAUUCGGCACGCAAUUACGAAGAUCCUUACGCGGAAACGGUGAUACAGGCUUCGGGUCCUCGACAUUUGUACAUUACCUUUUGUUUGGUUUACUUGGUCCCGAAUUCAGCAGGACAGUACUUAGAUUUUUGUAAUAGCAGAGGAAUGAUGAGCGGACUGGGCAGUUUCUUUCAGAGGCAUCCCUGUGUCUGGAGCCUGAGCACGGAAAACUCACAUAGAGAACAACUCAUAAUGACGACCACCAUCCAUUGAUCCAUCC